AUGUCGUCCCCGUCAGAACCGCGGGCAUUCAAAGUCGCGCUGGUACAAACAUCACCGAAGGUUCUUGACGCUGAACACAACUUCAAUCAUGCCUCCAAACAAAUUCGCCGUGCAUCGGCUCAAGGGGCAUCGCUAGCUGUGCUUCCCGAGUACCACCUCAUGGGAUGGGUCCCCGACGACCCCUCUUUCGCCUUGAGCGCAGACGAUGCCCAACGCUUCCUCCGAAGAUACCAAGAUUUAGCCGCUGAGCUGCACAUUAACAUCUGCGCCGGCACUAUAGUUUCAGAUGCAUCAACACCAAAGCCAACACUCCUCGAUGGUGCAAAGACGAAGCGGACUCUUCUGAACACAUCUUACUUUAUUGAUCACGAUGGUCAAAUUGUUGGAGCCUACACCAAAACCAACCUCUGGAUUCCCGAGCGCCAACAUCUUACUUCAAGCGUUGACUACGCUCACCAAGCGAAGAGCCGUACGGAAACGGUCGCAGCCAGUCCUCAUCAAGUCUUCAAUACCCCUUUAGGACCCGUCGGUAUCCUGGUCUGUUGGGACUUGGCUUUUCCCGAGGCCUUUCGGCAACUUGUUCUUGCAGGAGCAAAGAUUAUCAUUAUUCCUUCGUAUUGGACUUUGUCGGACAUGAGCAGGGAAGGACUCGCGUACAAUGAGACUUGCGAGAGAAUGUUUGUACAGUCAUCUCUUACCACCAGGGCGUUUGAAAACACCGCGGCCAUCAUAUACUGCAACGCGACUGGACCAAGGGAGGACGGUUUCUUUGGAUGCAGUCAGGUGACGCUGCCUAUCGUGGGCACUGUCCCAGGCAGUUUUACUGAUGGCGAGGAGGACAUGCGUGUUAUCAACGUGGACAUGCGGGUUGUCGAGAUUGCGGAGCAAAACUAUCAGAUUAGGAAAGACCUGAAGAAGGACAACUGGCAUUACGGAUAUAACAAGGGGGCAAAGUUGUAA